ACAGACAGACAGGCAGGACAGGAACUGAGAUCUGUGAGCAGAGCUGUGUAAAUCUGUUGUUGUGUUCAUGUGAUUUGUGGGCGUUUCAUGAGAAGAGAUAAAGCAGAGACGCUGCUCAUUUCAACUUGUGUUCAAGGUUGGACCCUGAAGAAGAAUCUGAAGUUUGCCUUGGACUGUCGUUUUUGGAUUGAGUCUGUUCAGAUGGAUCUUCUGAACCUCAUGAGGGAAAUCACUGCUUUUGUCUUAUUAAUCCAGUGGACAACGUCUGACAGCAGUUCUCACAGUAUAGUUUCUGUAUGUCGCAAAGAAGCAGAUUAUAACCCUAUAGAAUUGUAUACGUCUCAUGAGUCUAUCCCUUCACCCUUACAUGCUGUGUCUGCGGACCUGAGUGAAUCUCAAUCCUCACUCAAUAUAAGAUGGGCCAUUAAUGUGGAUAGUACCAUUCACACCCUUAAAAGCACAUGGAUACAGGUUACUUCAGAGUUAACUUAUAGAUGUGAAUACCAGCCUCCAUUUACCUCAAAGCAAAUCGAUCUCGAUGCUCUACAACAGCUGUGGUUCAAUUUCACUGUGUCAAAUUUACCCAUUUGUCCUUCAAACAUAUAUACCAUCUGCGCCUAUAACCUACCACCACCACCUGCAGUGGAGGACAAUUAUAUCAAGUCUUUCGAAACAGCUGAAGUCCAAUGGAACGCUCAGAUUUAUUCAGUCCUUCAUGGUGAUAAAAUAGUGGUGAACUUCAAUGCGAGCUCUGCGGCGGACAGAUACACCAUCAAACUGACAAAAAAAGGAGAUGACGUUGAAGAUUUACUAAAAACUGUUGAGAAAAAAGGGGGAUGCAAAGAAUGUCAAGUGGAACUGGAAUACACGGGUCCCUGUGAAGACCUUAAAAUAUGGAUAUUACCUCACUUUGAAGCCUGUUCGCAUGAUAGUUAUGCUCAGCAUGAAGUGAAAUGUACGGACAGGCCUGAUUUGGCCAUUGGUGCUGGAUGCAUGCUGGUGCUUCUUUUCCUUUCGAUACUUCUCUGCUGCUGCAUCCUGUGUCAAAUCCUCUGGUGGGUUCGUGGCUCGAAGCGUGGCUCGUCCGUGCGGGUGUUGGUGGUGUAUCCUGCAGUAGACGGUGUGUUUCAGCGCGCUGUGAUGCUCCUGACUCAAUUCCUGAGGAGUCGCGGUGGUGUAACUGUAGUCAUCGACGUGUGGGAGAGAGGAAGUCUAGCUGAACAAGGGCCGCUCCGCUGGCUCCACACACAGGCCGACCUCGCUGACCGAGUCCUGAUCAUCUUACCACCUCAACGCACACAGACUGACAACCUUAAAUCAAACCUUGUUCCUGGCAUGACCGACGACACCGUUUCAGCGUCUGCCAGCACUCUCUUCACCCUGACCCUCAACCUAGUGUCCAGCGCUGCCCAUGACCCGCACGGUCGGGACAAGUUCUGGGUCAUCAAACUGGACCACGACAACAAGAGCGUGCAAACUGAGCUGAGAGGCUGCAGGACCUUUGUUCUGCCCCGACACUUGGAACGGCUUCAUCAACAGCUGUCGGGUGGAGAGAUCAAGAGCCUGACGCUGCUGACCUGCUUCAGGUCCUUCUACUUCAAAAACGCCUUGGAGCACAUGGAAAUCAAUACAGACUUCCCAACCUGUGCUGAAGCCAACAGCCUGGACGAAAAACCUCAAUUCUUGCUAUAAUAUGUGCCUUUCUGUUUAUUUUUCAUUAUGUUUGUCCUGAAAAAAAAAAAAAGAUGCUUCUUCCAGCAGACUUCAGUUCCAGCUCUGAUCAAACACACCCAAGUAAUGGUGAACACCUUCUUUAGCUGCUUCAGGUCUGUUUGAUUAGGAUUGGAGCUAAACUCUGCAGGACUACCAGCUAAAAAAAAUAUGUUCUAAGUACAUUUUUUUUUUUUUUACAUUUCCAUUACGUUAUGAAAAUGUUAUUUCUGUUAUUUCUCUGACUGUUCAAAAUGUCCAGUUUGUCCAAAUGUUUUAAAACCUUUUUUUUUUUUUUUUGGGUUGUGUGAAUGUUAAAGUAACAUUUUAUUUUGUGACUUUUGAAUAUUAUCUGAACGUUCUGAAACCAGAACAUUUAAAAAUUGUUAGAUGAACAUCCAGCUAAAAUGACACAAGAAGAAAAACGUUCCAUGAAUGAUGUAUAGACAAUGUUAUGCUAACGUUUUGAGAACCAGUCUAUUAAUGUUACUGGAACUGUGAGAGAACCUUUCCACAGUGUUAGCCAAUGGUCUGAGAUCGAUCCUUUCCUAAAAGAUGUGCCAAUUUAUAUGGUGUAAUUAUCAAGUAUAUCGAGAGAAAUCGUUUCUGCUGCUUGUUUGAGUUUUAUUAAUAUAGGGCCUACUGCACUGCGCUGUUAUUCAUUUGCUUAAAACUGAUUUUAUUUAACAAAUUUAAGGAUAUAUCUUUAAUAAACCUUUCUUUCUGUUGUUAUAAUGAUAAUACAUUGAUUAACAGGCAAAUGUCUUAUAUAUUAAAAAUAAGAUCUAUAUACCAAAUAGAUUUAUUGUGAUUGAAUGAUGCAUUGAUUGAAAAAAUAUUGUUCAUAUAUUGUUUUGUAACUUGCGAUUGGUAAAUUAAAGGGGUCAUGAACUGA